AUGCUGUCCCGCAAUCUCAUCACGCGCGCCGUUGCGCCCACGUCACGCAUCUCCAUCUCACGCACCGCCCUCGCCUCGACCCGACCAUCCCUGCUCCGCACGUACGCCUCCUCUCCGACACCCAACUCCUUCCCCCAGCUUCCACCUGGAUUCGAAAAGCUCGCACACUCUCCCUCUGCUCUCUCGGCCAUCUCUAACUUGGUGGAAGUGAUGAAGCAGAACGGUGUCGACCUGCACACGGGUGAGAAGCCGAGCAUGUGGCAGAUGGUCAAGCUCGCCAAGAACCAGGAAGUCAGAGAUGCUACCACCAAAGUGAUGGAAGAACUCAAGAACGCAGGUGUCGACGUUUCACCAGAACGCCUGCAGGCCAUCAUGAACAGUCAGAAGGAUCUGUUUGGCGGUGACAAGGGCGACGGUGGAAAGAAGGAGUGA